AUGAAUUUGGGCGGCGAGCCCGAGAAGCCCGCCCUCGAACAAUACGGUGUCGAUCUGACCGCGCGAGCCCGUGAUGGAAAACUUGAUCCGGUCAUUGGAAGAGAUGCCGAAAUACACCGAACAAUCCAGAUCCUUUCAAGACGAACGAAGAACAAUCCAGUCUUGAUCGGUGCUGCUGGCACAGGCAAGACCGCCAUCCUUGAAGGACUUGCUCAACGUAUCAUCCAAGGAGAUGUGCCAGAGUCUAUCAAAGAGAAACGUGUCAUAUCAUUAGACCUUGGUCAGCUUAUUGCGGGCGCCAAAUUUCGUGGAGAUUUCGAGGAGCGACUAAAAAAGGUCUUGAAAGAGGUCGAAGACGCGAAAGGCGGUGUGAUUCUCUUCGUCGACGAAUUGCACACCCUUCUAGGAUUGGGGAAAGCAGAAGGCAGUAUCGAUGCGAGUAAUUUGUUGAAGCCGGCUCUGUCACGAGGUGAGCUUCAAUGCUGUGGAGCGACAACCCUCAACGAGUACCGGCAAAUAGAAAAGGAUGUUGCUUUGGCACGAAGAUUCCAGCCGAUCCAGGUGGGUGAGCCUAGCGUGCAGGAUACAAUUUCCAUCCUCAGAGGUAUCCGUGACCGCUACUCUAUCCACCAUGGUGUCCAAAUCACCGAUGGCGCACUUGUUGCCGCUGCGACUUACAGUAAUCGCUACAUCACCGACCGUUAUCUACCCGACAAGGCAAUAGAUCUAGUGGAUGAGGCCGCCAGCGCCCUACGGUUGCAGCAAGAGAGUAAGCCCGAUGCGAUCCAGCAACUAGAUCGACAAAUCAUGACUCUCCAGAUCGAGCUGGAAUCCCUUCGAAAGGAAACAGAUAUCGCUAGCAAAGAGAGGCGAGAGAAGCUCGAAGAAACACUCAAAACAAAGCAAGAGGAGGUCAAGGUUUUGAUGGAGAAGUGGGACAAGGAGCGCAGUGAAUUGCAGGAAUUGAAGAGCAUCAAGGAACAGCUUGAGCAAGCAAGACUGGAACUUGAGCAAGCCCAAAGAGAAGGCAAUUUCGCCAAGGCUGGUGAAUUGAGAUACUCUAAGAUCCCAGCGUUAGAGCAGAAAUUACCGAAUGAGGACGAAAACUUGUCUGCCGCUGGACGGAGCGCUGACUCCCUGCUUCAUGAGUCAGUGACAGCUGACGACAUCGCCAACGUAGUCUCCAAGACAACUGGAAUUCCGGUGUCGAAAUUGAUGAGGGGUGAGAGCGAGAAGUUGAUCCACAUGGAGGAUGCCCUUCGACAGCACGUCCGCGGACAGGAUGAGGCACUCACCGCAGUUGCAAACGCCAUACGUCUGCAGAGAGCGGGUCUUUCGGGCGACAAUCGACCCAUUGCGUCGUUCAUGAUGCUCGGACCUACAGGUGUAGGCAAGACCGAAGUGUGCAAGCGACUGGCAGAGUUCCUUUUCUCCACAUCCCAGGCUGUUAUUCGAUUCGAUAUGUCCGAAUUCAGCGAAAAGCACACCGUGUCUCGGCUCAUAGGCUCUCCAGCAGGAUAUGUUGGAUACGAGGACGCAGGACAGCUGACUGAGGCGGUGCGCCGCAAGCCUUACGCUGUUUUGCUCUUUGAUGAGUGGGAAAAGGCGCAUAAAGACAUCUCGACGCUACUCCUUCAAGUGUUGGAUGAAGGGUUCUUGACUGACGCACAAGGCCACAAAGUUGAUUUCCGAAACACUAUCAUCGUUCUUACAUCGAACUUGGGCGCUGAUAUCAUUGUCGGAGACAGCGCGCUUGACCAACACGAAAACAAGUCCGGUGAAAUCUCUGCGAGCACUCGCGAGGCGGUCAUGGAUGUUGUCAGCUCUUCUUAUCCCCCUGAGUUCCUGAACCGCAUAGACGAGUUUAUUGUGUUUCGACGACUAUCGCGCGAAGCACUCAGAGAUAUUGUUGAUAUCCGCCUAAAAGAGCUCCAAGAAAAGCUCGACGAUCGACGCAUCAAGCUCGAAGUACCAAACGAAGCUAAACAAUGGCUUUGCGAUCGCGGUUACGAUCCCAAAUUCGGCGCAAGGCCGCUCAACAGACUCAUUGCAAGACAGAUCGGCAACGGUCUUGCCGACAAGAUUAUCAGAGGAGAAAUCAAAGGAGGUGACGUUGCUGAGGUAUCAAUCUUGGAAGAUGACAGCGGGCUCGUGGUGAAACUACAAAAUAGUUGA